AUGGAGGGCGCAGGGCCCCGGGGGGCCGGGCCGGCGCGGCGCCGGGGAGCCGGGGGGCCGCCGCCACCGCUGCUGCCGCCGCUGCUGCUGCUGCUCUGGCUGCUGCCCGGCCCCGCGGCGCCCCAGGAGCUGAACCCGCGCGGCCGCAACGUGUGCCGCGCGCCUGGCUCCCAGGUGCCCACGUGCUGCGCCGGCUGGAGGCAGCAAGGGGAUGAGUGUGGGAUCGCGGUGUGCGAAGGCAACUCCACGUGCUCGGAGAACGAGGUGUGCGUGCGGCCCAGCGAGUGCCGCUGCCGCCACGGCUACUUCGGUGCCAACUGCGACACCAAGUGCCCGCGCCAGUUCUGGGGCCCUGACUGCAAGGAGCUGUGUAGCUGCCACCCACACGGGCAAUGCGAGGAUGUGACGGGCCAGUGUACUUGUCACGCGCGGCGCUGGGGCGCGCGUUGCGAGCACGCGUGCCAAUGCCAGCACGGCGCGUGCCACCCUCGCAGUGGCGCGUGCCGCUGCGAGCCCGGCUGGUGGGGCGCGCAGUGCGCCAGCGCAUGCUACUGCAGCGCCACGUCGCGCUGCGACCCACAGACCGGAGCCUGCUUGUGCCACGCAGGCUGGUGGGGCCGCAGCUGCAACAAUCAGUGCGCCUGCAACUCGUCGCCCUGCGAGCAGCAGAGCGGCCGCUGCCAGUGCCGCGAGCGCACGUUCGGCGCACGCUGCGAUCGCUACUGCCAGUGCUUCCGCGGCCGCUGCCACCCGCUGGACGGCACGUGCGCCUGCGAGCCGGGCUACCGCGGCAAGUACUGUCGCGAGCCGUGCCCCGCCGGCUUCUACGGCUUGGGCUGUCGCCGCCGGUGCGGCCAGUGUAAGGGCCAGCAGCCGUGCACGGUGGCCGAGGGCCGCUGCCUGACGUGCGAGCCCGGCUGGAACGGAACCAAGUGCGACCAGCCGUGCGCCACGGGCUUCUACGGCGAGGGCUGCAGCCACCGCUGCCCGCCGUGCCGCGAUGGGCACGCCUGCAACCACGUCACCGGCAAGUGUACGCGCUGCAACGCGGGCUGGAUCGGCGACCGGUGCGAGACCAAGUGCAGCAACGGAACCUACGGCGAGGACUGCGCCUUCAUGUGUGCCGACUGUGGCAGCGGCCACUGCGACUUCCAGUCGGGGCGCUGCCUGUGCAGCCCCGGCGUCCACGGGCCCCACUGCAACGUGACGUGCCCUCCCGGGCUCCACGGCGUGGACUGCGCCCAGGCCUGCAGCUGCCACGAGGACUCGUGCGACCCGGUCACCGGCGCCUGCCGCCUGGAGACCAACCAGCGCAAGGGCGUGAUGGGCGCGGGCGCGCUGCUCGCCCUGCUCCUCGGCCUGCUGCUCUCGCUGCUUGGCUGCUGCUGCGCGUGCCGCGGCCAGGACCCCGCGCGCCGGGAGCUGUCGCUGGGGAGGAAGAAGGCGCCGCAGCGACUGUGCGGGCGUUUCAGUCGCAUCAGCAUGAAGUUGCCCCGGAUCCCGCUCCGCAGGCAGAAACUGCCCAAAGUCGUAGUGGCCCAUCAUGACCUGGAUAACACGCUCAACUGUAGCUUCCUGGAGCCACCCUCAGGGUUGGAGCAGCCCUCACCAUCCUGGUCCUCCCGGGCUUCCUUCUCCUCCUUUGACACCACCGAUGAAGGCCCCGUGUACUGUGUACCCCAUGAGGAGGCAGUAGCGGAGAGCCAGGAUCCGAAGGCCCCCACCGUCCCUGCCGAGGCGGAGGCGCCGGCGCUGUCCCCCGCGCACCUGACCACAGCAGCGUCCGCCGAGGACGCGACGCCCCUUCCCGCGUCCUCAGACAGCGAGCGGUCGGCGUCCAGCGUGGAGGGGCCCGGCGGGGCUCUGUACGCGCGGGUAGCCCGGCGCGAGGCCCGGCCGGCCCGGGCCCGGGGAGAGGCUGGGGGCCUGUCUCUGUCGCCAUCGCCAGAGCGCAGGAAGCCGCCGCCGCCCGACCCCGCCACCAAGCCCAAGGUGUCCUGGAUCCAUGGCAAGCACGGAGCCGCUGCCGCGGCCCGAGCGCCCUCGCCACUGCCCCCCGGCCCCGAGGCCGCGCCCAGCCCCAGCAAGAGGAAACGGACGCCCAGCGACACGUCGGCGCGGCCAGACGAGCCUGGCAGUCCCCGAACCCGCGACCCGACGCCGCGGCCCCCGGGGCUGGCCGAGGAGGCGACGGCCCUUGCCGCGCCCUCGCCGCCCCGGGCCCGAGCUCGGGGCCGCGGCCCCGGCCUCUCCGAGCCCAUGGACGCCGGCGGUCCCCUGCGCAGCGCGCCCGAGGCCGCCUCCCUGCUGGCCGCGGAGCUGCGCGGCAAGACUCGCAGCCUGGGCCGCGCCGAGGGCCCGCGGGAGAAGCCCGCGCCGCCGCAGAAGGCCAAGCGCUCGGUGCCGCCCUCCUCGCCCGCCCGCGCGUCCCCCGCGCCCGAGGCUCCGGGGCUCGACAAGGCGGCGACCGGCUCGCCCGCGCCGGACACCCCCCGGAAGAAGACCCCCAUCCAGAAGCCGCCGCGCAAGAAGAGCCGGGAGGCGGCAGGCGAGCCGGGCAGGGCGGGCGCGCCCACCCUGUAGCCCGCGGCGCCCCCGCCGCUUCCCCGGCUUCGCAGCGCCGCUCGCCCCAGCCCCGCGCCUAGGCCGCCGGGGCUGCGUCUCAUUGACUCAGGCCGCGCAGUCACCGCCUGGUUGGAGUCGCGCGCUCUGGCGGGAAGGCGCGCCCCGGUGGUCGAAGCCUGACAGGCGUUUGGCCGGCGACUCCCUGCUUCCCAUUGGCCGAGUCACGGAGCGCCCAGACCAGCCCGCGUCUCAUUGGCCAAGGACGGGAGGUUCUGCCUAGAGACCGCCUCUUAGGGCCACGCGUGCACUUGGUCGGGGCUGCGUUCUCAUUGGCUGAGGCCAGGUGCGCUUCUGCCCUGGCUGCUUCUCAUUAGCCAGGGCCUGGCGCCGCUAGCCGGAGGCGCCUUCCUCUGCUUCAGCUAGGAACCCAAGGCUCCUUCCACCGGCCGGGCUCCAGGGCAUCUGGCUGACCCGAGCCCGGGGAGGAGGGCUGGUCUCUGCUCUUCGGGGGCUCGGUCCAUCCACCCCUUCCCUUCCCUGGCGCCCCAGCCCCAGCCCUUCAGCUGUCGAGCCGGUUUUGAUGGCCUCCCGCCGCCCUGCACGCGUAGGGACCCCAGGGGCAGCUCAGGUGGCCUGAGGAGAUGUAUUUAUGGCCCCGUAGGGCUGCUCCGCCCUGCCCGGUGCCCCAGGGUGGGUUCCUCCAUGCAGGGGCUUGGCCAAAGCUUUCUUAAUAAAGUGCCUUUUUCCCUC